AUCGCAUCAAUUUUAAAUGGUUUGAAAUUCGAUUGUACUUUUCCAAACGUUUAGAUUUCAAUUGCAAACUCCACCAAAUGUUUAAGAAUUGUCGCGAUUUCACGAGAGUAUGAAUUUCGGGUUGGGCGGGCCUUCAUCGGGCUUGAUUGUGCCGACCCGGCUCCAUUUUGCAAAAUUACAAAUGGGGCCCCGCCCAAAUUGAUUCGGGUUCAUUUGGGCCCGGGCGUCUAGAUGCGAGUGGAUAAAACUCGCAGGUGAUGGAGAGAGAGCUUAGCUUCGUUCACAGUCAUGGCUUCAAUCUCAUGUACUGUCCAUCACCUGCCCUUCACCUCAAAACCUUCUUCUCCGUCUUCUUGUUUGAUCUUGAGUUCACAGUUCCUGGGUACGAGAAGCAAGCUGAGCUGGGUGAGACCCGUUAAAAUUGGACCACGCAACGGGUCGAGAGCCAGGUGUUGGUUCAAGUUCGGGAAAAAUGGGGUUGAUGCUGAAGGUGCCGGCAUUUAUGGCAACCAAUCUCGUGACGAUUUCGACAGAGAUGAUGUUGAACAGUACUUCAACUAUAUGGGGAUGCUUGCCGUCGAGGGAUCGUACGACAAGAUGGAGGCUCUUUUAAACCAAAACAUCCACCCGGUAGAUAUCUUACUGCUGUUGGCGGCGUCCGAAGGGGACAAGCCAAAGAUUGAGGAGCUAUUGAGGGCCGGGGCUGAUUACAAUGUGAAGGAUGCCGAUGGCCGGACCGCACUUGACAGGGCAGAUGAAGAAAUCAGGGGCUUCAUCCUCGGGCUUUCAGUUCAGAAGUCGUGAUCGGACUUAUUUUAGUGCGGUUUUGCAUGAUUUAUCGUAACUACUUCGUGCAUCAUAUUUUUACAGGCCAUGUUUUUGGUGCACAUCUUCUCUUCUGGUCACCGCAGUAACUAGUUGAAUUGCAUUGACCACUCCAUCAUCAGUUUUGUGACUCUUGUUAUUCCCCUAGUAGAAGAUUACUACUAGUCUUUGAGGA